AUGGCUACUCUGGAGACUCAACCCCGGUUUAUCUACAAGAUUGUCCCCUCCACGGCGCCAGUCCGUGAGCCGUUGCCGGAAUGUCUGCCAGUCAGCGAGUUGGACCAAAGCUCGGGCUUCGUCCAUCUCUCCAUGGCCAGCCAAGUGGCCAACACCCUCAGGUUCUUUUUUAGCGAGGAGCCCCUCGUAUAUAUACUCAGAAUCGAAUAUGCGAAUGUCAUCAAGGACAUUCGUUGGGAGUCACCAGAUGGGAAAGUGUGCGGUCCACGGCCCGGAGAAGGCUUGUUUCCCCAUCUCUAUAACGGCCUGAAAUUAGGUAAAGAUGAGGUAGAAAGCAUCGCGAUCUGGCAGAAUGAGGAUGGCUGGGACAAGGCCCUUACGGGGGCAAAAGCAUGGCUCUUGAACUGA